AUGGAUCAACCUUCAGCGGCCGAAAAGGCUCCACAGGAGGCAGACGCCAGUUACACGGAUGUGACCUCUGACCCCGGCGCCCCAACCCCGCUCCACCGGCCGGGUGGCGGGGGAGCCCGCCGCCACCACCGGUCCCGUCACCACGGCGUGUCCUAUCACACCGAGGCGCCCCAUCGCCGUGGUGAAUCUCACCUCGGCAGCGAACUCCAAGACUCCCCUGAGCGCACCGUCUCCCGCCAUUCGCAACGCCGCCGCAGCCACCGCCACUCCCUGCGUCGCGGCGGAGCCCAGGGCUCCACACCCCCUGCCACGGCUGCUUCCCGCGACACUGUCCUCUCCCAGCACUCCCCCGCGGAGGACUUCUUGGAUGACGAGCGUCAGCAGAGCCGCGGGAGGCUCAACAGUAUACCCAACGACCCCGCCAGGGGGCCCCGCCGCCACAGUGGGCUCCCUCCGGAAGGCGAGCCUAACUCCCAUAAAGAGGUCUACCAUGACAGCGAGGCCUCCGACCACGGGGGGCCCCAGAACCACGACGCUUCCGACCAGGGCAGGCGCCGCCAUCAUCAAGCCCACCACCACAGAAGGCCUCUUCAUCCUGGAGAGACCCAUCCCCACCCUGCCUACGGGGCAUCCUCCCAGCAAGCCAUACCUCGCUACUCCAGCGAGCACCGCCGCGGCCACCGCGGCCACCACGGCGAGCACCGCCACAGAGAGCAGCAGCAGGGCGAACUGCUCCCCCACGGCAUCCCCAGCAAGCACUACGAGGCGUACCGCCAGGCCGGAGCCCCGGGCUUUGGCUCGCACAGGUCCCGCAGCGCGAUCCGGAUCGGCCCCGCCCGGUCUUCCUCCGCAGCCCUCCCACUCGGCGGCGUGGCGAGCCCACAGAGCUUGACUCCACCCCAGGGUGCAGUGCACCCGCAUGCCGCCAAGGGCUUCGGCAAAGUCCAUCCUCAGGAUUCCUUCUCUAAAACCUCAGGAAGCUGGGCUGAAGAUGAGCAACUGCAGAAGCGCAAAAUUACAGCCACCAGGGUCCAGCGGGCUCACAAGAAGCUGCACACUUGGUUGUGGGAAAAAUUCAACAACCUCUUUCAAGGCCUGCGGAAAAUGCUCAGGACCCUGACUGACUCCCUGGUCUUCGACGCCUUCAUCUUCCUCGUCGUCUGCCUCAACACCAUCAUGCUGGUGGCCCAGACCUUCGCUGAAGUCGAGAUCCGGGGUGAGUGGUGCUUCAUGGCCUUUGACUCCAUCUUCCUCUCCAUCUACGUGGUGGAAGCUGUGCUCAAGAUCAUUGCUCUGGGCCUCAACUAUUUUUAUGACGUCUGGAACAACCUAGACUUCGUCAUCAUGGUCAUGGCCGUGCUGGACUUCUCGCUCAUGCAGUUCAACUCCCGCUCCUUCAAGCGCACCAUCUACAACCAAAGCGUCUUCCGGAUCUUCAAGGUCUUCAAGAGCCUGCGGGCCCUGAGGGCCGUUCGGGUCCUGCGGAGGCUCAGCUUCCUGACCAGCCUCCAGGAAGUGACCGGGACCCUGGUGCGGUCCUUGCCGUCCAUCGCCGCCAUCCUUGUCCUCAUGUUUACCUGUCUCUUCCUCUUCUCCGUGGUGCUCCGGGCGAUGUUCCGCCAAUCAGACCCCAAGCGUUUCCAGAACAUCCUCACCACCAUCUUCACCCUCUUCACCCUGCUCACUCUGGACGACUGGUCCCAAAUCUACCUGGACAGCAAGGCCCACGGCGCCUGGCACAUCAUCCCCAUCCUCAUGAUUUACAUCAUCAUCCAGUACUUCAUCUUCCUCAACCUCGUGAUUGCCGUCCUGGUGGACAACUUCCAGAUGGCACUGCUCAAGGGCCUGGAGAAAGUGAAGCAGGAGAGGGCCGCCAAGUUCCACGAGCCGCUGCUGUGUGAGUCGCUGACGGAGCUCGCCGAUGCAGAGCCUGAAGAGGUGAUGAGUGAGCACGCCAGACAGAAGCGCCUCCUGGAGAAGAAGUUUGGGACCAUGACCGAGAAGCAGCAGGAGCUCCUGUUCCACUUCCUGCAGCUGGCCGCGGGGGUGGAGCACUACCAGCAGAAGUUCCGCUCCCAGGCGUCGGUCAUCGACGAGAUCGUGGACACCGCGUUUGAGGCUGGAGAAGAGGACUUCGGGAAGUGAUCCCUGGACGGACACGGCGGGUACAGACCUCGGGCCCCUGGCGCGCUGCCCACCGGGGCGGUCGGGACAGGUCCCCAGACACGCUGGAGCGAUUGUCGAGGCUGCGGGGCCGGACCCCAACAGAGUGUUGAAAGCCCAGCGGGCCCCGUGUCUUCACUGGCUGGGCCGGCGCGGGCAGGGGAACGUGUG